AUGUGUGAUUUACUUUAUAAAUUCAGUCAUGAACGCCAAUUCAAUAAUAACAAAGAAAAACAAGCGACGUCGGCACAAGAUCAACCGUACGAGUGGCGUCGGUUGGUAGGUUCAAUUCGACGCCGCGUACAACGACAUGCAUCAGGUACAAGUACCGAGAGCCCAAGUAUAUCACCUUCAAACGAUACACUACAACGGCCUACGUCUUUAUCACGUAAAAGUUCCUUGACAUUCACACGUUUUUCACGUGAAAAUAGUAAAGAUUCUCUGACAGCUAGCGGCGGAGAUACUGUUUACAAUACUGGUAGUAAAACGACUAGUGAUAAUAUACAACCAUCAUCGAAUCAACAACAUGAGACACGAGACGAUUUAUUUAAAUCAUUAAAAUAUAAAUCGAAAAACGUCCAUUUUACAACGAAGAAAGCAGAUUUUUUGAAAAGUUUUAAUAAAAGUAAAGAUGUAACAUCAUCAACAUCAUCAACAAAUACUAUAGAUUCUCAAAAUAUUGCAAAUAAGAAAACUGAAAUUUUUACAAAAGUGACCAAUUCAUUCAAAUCAAAUAGUACAAAAUCAUCGAAUAGUAGUUCUAGCUCAUUCAAACAUAAUGUUAAUAGUAAUAAUAAAAAAGAAUUAUCAACAUCAUCGUCUGUGAAUACACUAACAUCAAAAAUUAAAUUAAAAAAUGGUGCUAAUAACAGUGCUGUAAAUAGUGACAAUCAAGAUAGAACUAAAAAUGUGACACGAGAUGAUUUUUUAAAAGCAACUAUGAGAAUAUUUUUAGUUGUUUCACCACCAGUUGCUAAAGUUCAGAUUCGUUCACGAAGUCUAACGCAUUUAGAUGAAUUAGACCCAUUAAUGAAAUGUGGUGGCACGACUGAUAGUGAUACCAAUGGCAGCAACCAAAAUGAAACAUUAAAAGAUUCAAAAUCAGAACCAAAUUGUACAAUGUCUUUGACAUCAUCACCAUCAAUUACAACAUCGGCAGAACAUCUACGUCGUGAUAUGCUGUUAACAGCACAACGAACUAGUAUUGGUGGAAGUGAUAUAGAUUUAUCUAGUAACUCAAGGGGACCACAACAAACUACAAUUCUACCACAGCAACAAAUUUCUUACAAUAAUUCUAUGUCACGUCGGCAUCGAAUGGUACGAUCACAGGUAUCAAGUUCCGAAUACUUUGGUGUAAUAUUCAGUGGUGAUGAUCAUUUAAUUUAUCCUCGUGAAGAGUUCAUACCAGCCACUAGAGGAGUAUUAUUAGAAAACGCUCUUGGACCAGUAUGUAAAGCCAGAGGAAUCGAUAUUUGUAAUUGUGAAGUUUAUUUAGAUAACAAUGGAACACCAUUACCUAUACAAACAUUGGAUGUGGCAUAUUUAUCUGGAAAACAAUUAACAGUUGUUGUACGAGAUUCAAGCAGCAAGCAACAAGCUUCAAGCCAAAAAUCUCACAAAUUAUCUAGCAGUUAUGGAUCAAAAAGUUCAUAUUUCAGUUCAAGUGUGGACGAUUCUAUUAUUAUAACGAAUACUACACCUAUCCUUACUUACGAUGGUAGUAAAUAUAUUAAUAAAGUUGAGAACUUAAAGAAAAAAGAACGUCAAAGAUGGUCUGGUUUCUUUGGUAACAAUAAGGAUACUAAAAUGGAACAAUUAGUAGAGCAACUGAAUCAUUACGCUAAGAAUGGUAUUCCAAUGUCAGAAAAUAAAUCAGAAGAAGAUGAGAUAGAUUGCAAAGAAUUAUUAAAUACUAUCGGAAAUAACUGGCGACAAUCACUUGACGUAACCAAAUUAUCGGAAAAACAACAGCAACAACAAACCGCUUUAUGGGAGUUAAUAACAACUGAAGUUGACUAUAUUCAAAUGCUACGUGUUGUCACAAAUUUAUUUUUAGCAUGUUUAAAAAGCUUACAAUUGUCGAAUAUUUUAAUAGAAGUAGAUAAAAACAAAUUAUUUUCAAAUAUUACUGAAAUACAUCGAACAAACGUACUAUUUUGGCGAUUGCAUAUAUAUCCAAUGUUAAAACAUGCAAGUGAUACACACGAUUUAUUAAAUCCAGAAUAUCUAUUGGAUGGUUUUAUACAAUUUCGUGAAAUAUUUGAUCCGUAUAUUAAAUAUUGUUCCGAACAAUCAAAAUGUCAACAUUAUUGCAAAGAAAUGCAUUCACAAAAUGAAUUAUUUACAGCAUAUUUGGUAUGGUGUGAAACGCAAAAAGAAUGUAACAGGCUUCGACUUAUGGAUAUUUUAGUACGUCCAAUGCAACGAUUAACAAAAUAUGGUUUAAUAUUAAAAGUAAUUUACAAAAAUUCUGAUUUUGAACAUCAUAAAGAAUGUUUAAGUGCAAUGAUAAAAUCUGUUGACGAUUUUGUAAAUAAUGUUAACUUUAUAUUAAAAUGCCGACAAGAUAAUGAAAGUCUGAAGCGAAUGAUUGCAAGAAUUGAAAGUUAUGAAGCUGUCGAAUCGAAAGAAGAUGAUUUAGAAACUAUUGUGCGAAAUCAUAGUAACCUAGAUUUAACCAGACCAAUGCUUGGAUGCAGUACAGAUCGCCAGAGACAUCUUCUUUUAGAAGAUGAUUUAAAGCUAAAAGAUUCAACUUCCUCUAAAAUUGAAGUCCAUUGUAUGCUCCUAACCGAUUUAUUAUUAAUUGGAAAAGUAACAACAAAAAAAGUGACACAAUCAAUACGAAUCAUUAGACAACCAUAUAUUGUGGACCGUUUAAUCGUUACAGAAUUAGCUAAAGAUUUGACGACAAUGGGUUUAGUUUAUUUAAAUGAAUUUAACAUGGCAAUUGCUGCAUUUAUUUUACAAGGCGACUCGAAAAAAAUAAAGAAAUGGAUUGAUAGUAUUCGUAAAGCUCAGGUGGCGUACAGACAAGCAAAAUCAGCUUCAGCUCCAAUGGUUCGACAACAAAGCGUAAUAGAUGUAGUUGAACCAACUGAAUUUAAUCUUGAAUUGGGCAUAGAGGAUAAUCAAAGUUUAUUUGGAGUAUCAAUGCUUUCAAGGUCACCAUUUGCAAAUUCCUCGCAAACUAGUCGAUUAUCCAGUCUUGUCCAUAGUCAUAGUGGAAGCAUGGAAAUGAAUGAUCAAUCAUCAGCUGGUUCAAUUUACAACCCAUCAUCGCGGGCAAUUUCCGUAGAAGCCGAUCAACGUACCGCAUCGAUUUCAAGUGACGAAGGUGUCCAAUCAUUACCUGUAGAAAAAUCCAUAAAAAGUCCAAAAUCUCCAUUGAAGACUAGAGUUCAUAGUAGCACAUCGGCACAAAUGAAAAUUAGCACACCAAACACAUUAUCCGUACAACCAUACAAUAAUUUAGGGCAAAGUUUACCAAAUUUAAUUUUAGGAUCACCGAAUAAUGGCACAAUGAGUACAUAUCCAACAUUACAUACAUUAGUCGUACCAAAUUCUAGACAUCAUAAUCAACAUUUAUUAAGUCCCAGUCAAAGAGGAAUCUCAUAUCCCCCACCAUCACCAACACGAGGAAAUUUACGACGUGGUAUUGCAAUACCACAAAGUAAGAAUCCGCCAUUGUUAAAAACACGUCAUAUACAUUCUGUAAGUGGUACAAAUGCACCAAGUUUGGAACCAAUGAAUAGUGAUGAACUGGAUGUUCCUCUAAUAUCAGGAAUUGAUAAUAUUGAAGAGGUUACCUCCGAUCAAUCAACUGGGAUACAAAAUAAACAAGCAAUAAUACAACGACCAUAUCGUGUAGACAAUCGAAGAUAUUUUACUGCAAGCAUCGUGGAGGAUAAUAAGAAAAAUGAUAGUCGCAGUAGAAACAUAAAAAAACGUUUAUCCUGGAAUACUAGUCAUGCUGACCAAAUUGAAAUAAUAAAACCAGAGGACAAUAAUACAUAGCAUAAAAUUAAGAGUGAUAUAUUUAUAAGCACAAUAUAGGUAGUGUUUAAAAUAAA